CAAAAAUGUCCUUAUUUAAAGCCCGGGAUUGGUGGUCUAUUACUCUGGGAGACAAAGAAGAAUUUGAUCAAGGCUGUUUAUGUUUGGCAGAUAUUGACAGUAUUGGAAAUGGACAAGACAAGAUAAUUGUGGGUAGCUAUAUGGGAUACCUAAGAAUCUUUAACCCCCAUCCUGUGAAAACAGGAGACAGUGCCCAAGCUGAAGAUCUGCUUCUAGAAGUGUACCUGCAAGACCCAAUCCUGCAGGUGGAAGUAGGAAAGUUUGUCUCAGGUACCGAAGUGCUUCAUUUGGCUGUGUUGCAUUCUAGAAAGCUUUGUGUCUACUCUAUCUCAGGUACUUUGGGUAAUGUGGAACAUGGUAACCAAUAUCAGAUCAAAUUGAUAUAUGAACAUCAUCUUCAGAGAACAGCCUACAAUAUGACUUAUGGACCAUUUGGUGGUGUCAAAGGUCGAGAUUUAAUUUGUAUCCAGUCUAUGGAUGGGAUGCUGAUGCUGUUUGAGCAGGAAAGCUUUGCUUUUGGGAGAUUUCUCCCUGGUUCUUUACUCCCGGGUCCUCUUGCAUACAGUUCUCGUACAGAUUCCUUCAUUACUGUUUCUUCUUGCCGACAAGUGGAAAGUUACAAGUACCAAGUACUUGCUUUUGCAACGGAUGCAGAUAAAAAACAAGAAACCGAACAACAAAAACUUGGUUCUGGAAAAAGACUGGUUGCGGAUUGGACUCUAAAUAUUGGGGAGCAAGCCCGUGAUAUAUGUAUUGUUUCUUUUAAUCAGCCAGUAUCUUCCAUUUUUGUUCUUGGUGAGAGAAGCCUUUUUUGCCUUAAGGAAAAUGGACAAAUUCGAUUCAUGAAGAAGCUCGAUUGUAGUCCAAGUUGUUUUCUCCCAUACUGCUCAGUUUCUGAAGGAACAAUAAAUGUUUUGAUUGGAAACCAUAACAGCAUGUUGCAUAUUUAUCAGGACGUGACACUAAAGUGGGCUUCUCAACUUCCUCAUAUUCCGGUUGCAGUAAAAGUGGGGUCUUUGCAUGAUUUAAAGGGAGUGAUAGUGACUCUGAGCGACGAUGGUCACUUGCAGUGUUCUUACCUGGGGACAGACCCUUCUCUGUUCCAGGCUCCCAAGGUUGAAGCCAGAGAACUGAACUAUGAUGAUCUUGAUAGAGAGUUGAAAGAACUUCAGACAAUCAUCAAAGACGUUAACAGAUCACAAGGAAUUUGGCCAAUGACUGAGAGGGAAGAUGACUUGAAAGUGUCAGCUGUGGUUUCUCCUAGCUUUGAUUCAGGACCGCAAGCUCCUGAUGGUGAAGUAGGAACUGACAAUGGCCCUUCUGUCACAGUGAAGGUCACGCUGCAGAAUCGAGUGGCAUUGCAAAAAGUCAAACUCUCAGUCUAUGUGCAUUCACCAUUGGCAUUAACUUGUGAUCAGUUCACAUUUGAACUUACUGCACCAGAUAUGUUUAAAACAGUAGUCUUUUCUGUGUACCUGAAAGGAAAUUAUACACCCUCUGAGUUGGAAGGAAAUGCUGUUGUUUCUUACUCCAGACCAACAGAUCGAAAUCCUGAAGGUAUUUUUCGAGUUAUCCAAUGUAAAUUUAGACUUCCCUUGAAGUUAAUAUGCUUACCAGGUCAGCCCUCCAAGACUGCAAGCCACAAGCUGACUAUUGAUACAAAUAGAUCUCCUGUCAGCCUUCUCAGUCUCUUUCCGGGUUUUGCCAAUCAGUCAGAAGAUGAUCAGGUGAAUGUAAUGGGAUUUCGCUUCUUAGGAGGUUCCCAAGUGACUGUUCUUGCUUCCAAAACCUCUCAAAGAUACCGCAUUCAGAGUGAACAGUUUGAAGAUCUCUGGCUCAUAACAAAUGAACUUAUUAUCCGCCUUCAAGAACAUUUUGAGAAACAAGGAAUCAAAGAUUUUGCCUGUUCUUUUACUGGAUCCAUGCCUCUGCAAGAAUAUUUUGAAUUGAUUGAUCAUCAUUUUGAGCUUCGGAUAAAUGGUGAAAGAUUAGAAGAACUGUUAUCAGAAAGGGCUGUGCAGUUUCGGGCUAUCCAGCGUCGACUGUUAACAAGAUUGAAAGACAAAAUCCCUGGUCCUCUCCAGCACCUGGACACCUUAUUAGAUGGGACUUACAAACAGGUAAUCGCUCUAGCAGAUGCCAUCGAGGAGAACCAAGACAAUCUGUUGCAGUCAUUCAGCAGACUGAAAAGUGCCACCCAUUUGGUGGUCCUGCUCAUUGGGCUGUGGCAAAAGCUUAGUGCUGAUCAGACCACUAUUUUGGAAGCAACAUUUCUCCCUCUUCAGCAAGACUCUCAAGAACUGGGCUGGGAAGAAACAGUGGAUGCUGCUAUUUCUCACCUUUUAAAAACCUGCCUAUCGAAGAAUUCCAAAGAGCAGGCUUUGAGCCUCAGCAGCCAACUGGGCAUCCCCAAAGAUACAAGCCGAUUGAAGAAACAUAUCACCCUCCUCUGUGAUCGGUUGGCCAAAGGUGGGCGUCUCUGUCUCAGUACCGAUGCUGCUGCCCCGCAGACAAUGGUCAUGCCAGGUGGCUGUACUACGAUCCCAGAAUCAGAGCUAGAGGAAAGAGCAGUAGAACAAGACGCUUCUGAGCUGUUUACCAACCACAAACACCUCAUCACAGAUAUGUCUCCACCUGAAGUUUCACCCCUCCAAGGAGAAUAGAGUUGAAGUAGAUUUUUCUGAUCAAAAAAGAAGAGGACGGUCCCAGUGCUGAUCCUGUGUGAAAAUCAUGCCAAGUCCAUUCAUUCUACCUGGAAAUGACACAGUACAGAGAGGGGGAUCUGGAUCUUUCACUUUGCAAAGAGGGAUUGUACAACAAGGAAAGGCGGUUUCAACUUGUUUUACCAGGAAAGGAUAUUGCUGCUUUUUCAGUCAUCGUAUAAUUGCAGCCACAGGAUGGAUAAAUAGUGAGAUGUCAUCAUUUUGGAACAGACUUUAUCAUCAAAAACGUAGAUUCAAAAUUAUUUGAUAUCCCAUUUUUUUCUCCACAGAAUUCUUAUAGAGUAAAUGUAUCCAGUUUAAUAAAGCAUCUCAUUGUUAAACAAAUAA